AUGAUUGUUAAUGCAAUCCUAUCUAUCUAUCUAUCUAUCUAUCUAUCUAUCUAUCUAUCUAUCUAUCUAUCUAUCUAUCAUUAUCUCUCUCUAUCUAUCUAUGUCACACUACAUCUAUCUAUCUAUCUAUCUAUCUAUCUAUCUAUCUAUCUAUCUAUCUAUCUAUCUCAGUCUCUCCAUCAUCUACCUGUUCAUUUCUAUUUAUCUAUUACUUUCUAUCUAUUUAUCUAUUUCAAUCUUCCCUAUCUUCCGCUGUCUAUGGAUCUAUUUGUGACAGUUUAUCUCAGUCUGUUCACGUCUGUCAUAUUAUACGAGCUCACUAUUUUCUAUUCCAAUAUGUCUCUGACCAUCUAUGAGAAUUUUCAUGCCAUGCUUUCUCACAGAAUGAUUUCUUCAUCUCUUUUUCCUCCUCAAUUCCCUUACUCCUCUUCGACUUGCUCACCAUUUUCUUUAUUCCAUUCGUCUCUUUAA